GAAGAGCCAGCUGACAGCUCGCCCAUCGGCACAGCUUUGUGCGCUAUUCGGCGUGCUGGUGCCUUCGGUGGCGCCGAGAAGGCACAGGCAGCGAGCGCUCGGGCAGCCGUGCGAUUCGGUGCCGCAGGUGACGAGGUUGCAGAGACCAUCGAUAGCGACGACUCCCCAUUGGACAGUGCCAUGCGCGCAAUACGCCGAGCGAGGGCUUUUGGCGGUGCAGAACAGGCACAAGCAGCCAGUGCUCGUGCAGCUGCGCGGCUGGGAGUGAGCAACGAGGCUGUCGAUGAAGAAGACGAGGACUCGCCAAUGGGUAGUACACUGCGUGCUGUGCGACGUGCACGUGCGUUCGGUGGUGCGGAGGCACAGCAAGUCGCUGCCCAGUCUGAGCCGUCAGGCACCCUCGGCGAGGACGAGGCAGGUGACAUGUCGCCGCUGGACACGGCGAUGCGCGCCAUACGGCGUGCACGGGCUUUCGGUGGUCCCGAAGCAGCCUCAGGAGCCAUUGCGCAUGCUGAGCAGCUGCUUCAGGGAGUGCUGGGCAUCGAUCACAUGAACAACACAGUCCCAAAGUCCGAAGUUGCCCAGAUCCUGACGUCAUUU